AGUUUUCAUUAUUACAUUUAGCGCGUUUCAGGCGUUCUCCGGAAAAUAUGUGAAUACGACUGACGAAGGCGACUACAAAUGUGUUUGUUGUGGUGAAGUUUUGUUCAGAUCUGAUAGAAAAUUUCUCAGUUCAUGCGGAUGGCCGUCGUUCAGUGCCGCAUUUGAAGAGAAGAUCAUCCGCAGGCUCGACAAUUCGCAUGGUAUUUGCCGCACGGAAGUCAUCUGCAAGAAGUGCCACGCCCAUCUUGGCCACGUGUUCGACGAUGGUCCAGCUCCUACUGGAGAGAGAUUUUGUAUCAACAGCGUAUCCCUCAAUUUCGAGCCAGUCAAACCAGCGUAG